CGUGUGAUUUACGCUCAGUGUACUUUAUUAUUGUUUUGAUUAAGUUCCGCGAAGACGUUAUUUUCAUAUCGAAAUGAAACUGGUUAUUGCAACUGUAUAAAGAUGGAUGAGCAACGUUUGCAGGAAGAGGACGUGCUCAAAGAUUGCCUCAGGAAGCAGCUCGACGAAUUCCACAUGCUAUCGUCGAUAUUCUGCAACGCCGGCGAAUUACACGUGGACAACUACAGCUUUGUGGACAACAUCAGUGCCUACAUCGAAGGGGAAACGAAACGUCUGGAGGCUAAGCUCGAUUACCAGCUCAAACUGCCACUGUUGCAAAAUGGAGAAAAGGUGGAAAUUCGCGUCGAUCUACCUUAUCUGUAUCCGGGCAUAGAAGUGCCGAAUUUUGUAAUAAGGUCCGCUUCGUAUCCCCGUGAAAAAGAACGCGCCAUCACCGAACGAAUAGAACGUUACGUCAGCGAAGAAGUUGUGGAUCAAAGCGAACCGUACGUGUAUCAGGUAAUAUCCUGGAUUCAAGAUAACUUCGAGGAGAUCACCAAAUUCGAAGAUGAUCAAAGCAGAAGUAGUAAAACUCAAUCAUCUGAAACUUCUGGCGAAAUCAUUUUUGAGCGAUUAUGGAUCUACUCGCAUCAUCUGAAGAGUAAAGCUAAACGACAGACCAUUCUGAAAACUGCGCGCGACCUCAACCUGACCGGAUUUUCACGACCAGGUAAACGGGCCAUCAUUUGCGUCGAGGGUCGGCAACAGGACACGCAGGAAUUUUGGCGCACUAUACGGCCUUUGAAGUGGCAAAAGAUUCAAAUUAAACUAGUCGAAUCGAAAACGGUAGACCGUUUCGAGAAACUCGACAAUCGUCGGAGAUUCAACGGAUUUCGGGAAGAACUUUUCACCGAGGUCGGCGACGAAAACGAUGAAGAAGUACCUAUGAGCAUGAGUUUAUUCAUGAAAUUUCUGGACAAACAUAACAGCGGGUACAUUAGAAAAGAAUUUUUUGGUUUCGACUCAGUUGAAGGUGAAUUGUAAAUACAGUUAAUAGAUAUAUUUUUUUUAU